CUCCAAAAGCACAACAAAGGCGGGGAGGCGGGGGAGGUGGCGGAGGCGGAGGAAGGGAAGCGAGGGAGGAGCCAGCGGGCCGGAGACUUCCGCGCGGGCGACCCCUCGGUACCAUGGCGGUCGCGGUCCCGGUGUGGCUGGACGAGGACGACCUGGGCUGCAUCAUCUGCCAGGAGCUGGAGCCGGGCCGCUGCGCCGCUCGGGCUGCGACCUCCCCGCUUCCUAAGCGAAACCGAAACCCAUCCUGCAAACGAAGUUACAAGCAUCGGCCAGCCAGUUUGGGGAACAUUUCGAAUCCAAAUCAUAGCGUCAGCUUUGCUCUUUUCAAGGUGCCAGUGCAGACGAGCAUCGCGGAGGUUGUCCAGGAACUGGCAACGCUGGUAGGGAAGCUGGUAGACAUCACCAAGAGCAUGGAGAGGCUGAGACCGCUCUCCGGAUCAAGACCCGCAGAGGAAGUGCCCUGGGCGCGCAGCCCCAUGGGAAGCGGGGGGUGGGGCAUGGCGCGGGGCAGCUUUCCCGGGAGCGGUGUGAACCUGUGUAAAGCUGCAGGACGCGGUGAAUCUCGGGCUUUCACUGCCAGAUGGGUGCUUGCAAGUUCGCCGUGGAAGCCUUUGUCUUCCCUGGCUUCUCUAACACUGGUGACUUCCAGCACAUCUGAGGGGGAAAUGAGAGAGAUUCUCCAUGACCUUGAAAAAAUUCAAGAAAAAUUACUUGGAAACUGCUCAUGGAAAGAGGCCUUGGACGUGCAAACACCGGAAGCCCCAUCUUCCUCCUCAUGCCCACGGCCUGAUCAGAGCUGCCUUGAACCCAAGAGGACCUCCUACUUUGCUCAGUGGGCCAUCACACCAACCUUUGAUCUCGGAAGCCUGUCCUGUAGCCUGGAGGUAUCUAAGGAUUGCCGCACAGUGACAGUGUCUCAUGGCCAACAGAACUAUCCCUGGAGUCCCCAGAGGUUUUCAGCCAGCCAAGUGUUAUGCUCCCAGGCCCUGUCCUCUGGGCGGCAGUACUGGGAAGUAGACACUCAGUACUGCAAUGACUGGGCAAUUGGGGUGGCUUCCUGGACCAUGGCCCGGAACCAGAUGUUGGGAAGGACUAUGGACUCCUGGUGUAUUGAAUGGAAGGGGACUGGCAAGCUCUCUGCAUGGACCAUGGCCAAGGAAACUGUCCUUGGAUCAGACAGACCGGGGGUGGUGGGCAUCUGGCUGGACCUGGAGGAGGGGAAGCUUGCUUUCUACUCAGUGGCCAGUCAGGAGAGCCUUAUAUAUGAAUGUGAGGUCUCGGCUUCCUCUCCCCUGCACCCUGCCUUCUGGCUGUUUGGCUUAAGGUGGGGAAACUCCCUGAUCAUAAAGCAAGCAAGAGUAUAAAGAUCCCCCAUGGGUUAAAACUGUGUUUUUCUGGUCUCUAUCUCUAUAUUCAAGCAGGUUGGCAGUUUGACUUAAGAUCCUGCUUUUGGUUUUUGUUUUUUUGAGACAGGGUCUCACUAUGUAAUUCAGGCUGGCCU